AGCGCCGAUCACAUCGAUCAACAGCCAAGCGCAAGCAGCUGACGGCUGAGACAGCCUGCCAGGUUCGGGGCGGGCUUUGGCGCCUCGCUUCCGGGACGCUAGCGGAUGUUGGGGUUUGAAUCGGGUGGCGGUUAUGACACUGCUGAGCCUUCGGCGUGAGGCUCGGAGCUGGGGAUGCUGCUUGCGGAGCUGCCGUGGAGGGAACACGGGUCAGAAGAGACAACAAAAUCCCCAUCCCCAGAAGGGAGAAGUCCAACAUCCUCCUCCCCAGAGGCAGAGCAAAGCCCCUCAGAGAGAUUAUGGUCCCUCAGUUCGAGUGCCCUAGAAGAUUGAAGACCUUGAGGGUGCCAGUGGCCAUUGCUGAGUGAGAAAAAACAUCUUUCAAGAGAAGUUCCAAAGAGUAAAAAGCUAGAAGAAAGGUACUAGAAUGAAUGAAAAUACCCUCUGCCACUUCCAAAGCCCAGCCUGUGUCCUCUGUCAACGAACUGAUGACUGUCCCGAAAAAUAUGGAGAAAAGAGAACUUACAAGGAAUACAAUCUCACUGUUCAUUACUACUGCUUGUUGAUGUCAAGUGGAAUUUGGCAGAGGGGUGAAGAAGAUGAAGGAGUUUAUGGGUUUUUAAUCAAGGACAUUAGGAAAGAAGUAAACAGAGCUGCAAAACUGAAAUGUAAUAUCUGUAAGAAAAAAGGUGCUUCGAUUGGAUGUGUAGCACCCAAAUGCAAACGAAGUUAUCAUUUCCCUUGUGGGGUUCAAAGGGAAUGCAUUUUCCAAUUCAUGGAACAAUUUGGGUCAUAUUGUUGGGAGCACCGGCCAGUUCAGAAACUUCCAUCUGAUGAAUCUAGAGGCUCUUCACAGUGUACAAUAUGCUUGGAAUUUGUGGAGCACUUUCCAAUGUACAAUAUACUAAAAAGUCCUUGCUGUAAAAAUGCUUGGUUUCAUAGAGACUGCCUUCAGUAUCAAGCUCUGAGUGCUGGGGUAUUUUUCUUUAGGUGCACAGUGUGCAAUAAUAAAGACAAAUUUCAGAAGGAAAUGUUGAGAAUGGGAAUACACAUUCCAGAAAAAGAUGCAUCUUGGGAACUUGAGGAGAAUGCAUAUCAAGAUCUUCUGCAGCGUUACCAACACUGUGAUGCUAGAAGAUGUCUGUGCAGGAAGGGGAGAGACUAUUAUAAACCUGAUAGUAAAUGGGAAAUCAAAUGCUGUCAAUGUUGUGGUUCCCGUGGGACGCAUUUGGCCUGUUCCCCAAUAGAGUCAUGGGAGGAAAACUGGGAAUGUAUAGAAUGCAGAAGUAUCUUCGCUAAGUCAGGGAAUUAUCAAAAUCAGAAAAAACGCUCGUUGGCUACCUCAGAAAAAAUAGACGUUACUGGUCGUUUGUUGGAAGAGCCCUCUCCGAAGUGCCCCAGACAGUCACCAGGAUCCCAGCACAGCUUUCUUCUCAGCUUUUCCCUUUCCAGGUCACCAAAGAUGUUGUACAAGGAGUCAAGCUGUUCAGGCACAUUAUUAGACCUUCCAGCAUCUAAUAAGAUGGUUAUGUCCAUAUCCCCACUGAUCAAUUCUUCAUCAAGGAAUCUAUCAGUGAGAAGAAUGCAACUAAGAAUACAAAAAAGAGAAGCUUCUAAUAUAUUGAGGCAGUUAAAGUUACAGGUUAAUAAUACAAAAACUACAAGACUGAACAUCAACAGAGACAAUAUCUGGAGUAGUGCCUUAAAAGGAUUCAGAGGGCGAAACUUCAAUCCUGCAAACACUAUGGAAGUGAAGUUCACAAAUUGCAAGGGUAGAGUAGAGACAGAUGCUUUUCAUGGAUCAAAACAUGAGUUUUUCCGAUUAUUAAUGCUUCAUCUUCAGAACUCAUCACUAUUUGAGGGCUCUUCCUCAAAGAACUUAUCUCUUGAUUCUCAAGCUAUAAAAGAGAAUUUAUACUAUGAAGCUGGCAAAAUGAUUGCAGUUUCUUUGGUUCAUGGUGGUGUACCUCCCAGUUUCUUUUCCAAAACUCUGUUUAACUGUCUUGUUUAUGGACCAGAGAAUGUGAAACCAACAGUGGAAGAUGUUGCAGAUUUUGAUGUAGCACAGACAAUAAAAAUGAUAAAAUCAUCAAGAACUCUGGCCAGCUUAAAAUCUACAAUAAGUGACUGCUAUGAAUAUCUUACUAUUGCUGGAUGUUUAAGACCUAUGACAACUCUAUGUGAUAAGGAUAUGUUGGUGAACGACAUACUGAUCUAUCAUGUAAUUAAGCGAGUUCAUUCACCUUUUGAAAGCUUUAGGCAAGGUUUGAAAACUCUUGGUGUAUUGGAAAAAUUACAGAUGCAUCCUGAUGCGUUCUCUAGCAUAUUGUGUCACAAACCCGAGAGACUUUCAGCAAGAAUUCUUGGUGAUCUCUUUACAAUCCACUGUUUAUCAGGUGUAAACAAAGUCAAAGGUGUUGAUUUCUGGAUGGGUUAUUUACAAGAUGUGGAAGGUGGUGAGUCUGCAGCAACACUGGAACACAUUCUGGUCUUUGCAACUGGUACCAGUUCUAUCCCACCCAUUGGUUUUGAGCCUGACCCCUCAGUUAAAUUUCUGCCUAUAAAAUACCCUGUUGGAAACAGACAACUUAACUGCUUAGAACUUCCAAUAACAAAGACGUAUGAGCAGUUUAAAAACAAAAUGGACUUUGCCAUCAGCAGCGCACUAAGACUAGAAGUAGAAUAAAUUUUUUUUGUUACUAAA